GUCAACCCAAGUGCGUUCCCCUUUGCUUUCAUUUCCUCAAAGCGGGGGAGGUCACGUAAUGUAAAUUCUUCCCCUUUGAAGGAAAUCAUUGUGUUCUCCUCUGCGUGGUAGUCAGGCUGAGGACAGUCUGACACAUCGAAGCGAGGGGUUACCGACAAGGCGUUAAAAGAACGUUUUUGUUUAUCAAAUAAAUCCACCAGCAGUUUCCCAGGUCAAAAGAUGGGUGAUCACAUACUAGACGAUAAUCUGGAAAGUGACAACCUUGCAGACUUUACGCGGAUGAACAGUCGCCUGGACUCAUUCCGGGGUUCCAUCCUGGCUCAGCAGGUGUCAGCAGAACGACUGGCCCGGGCCGGCUUUUAUUUCACCGGCCAAGCGGACCGUGUGCGCUGUUUCAGCUGCCAGAAAACGGUGGAAAACUGGUGCAGGGAGGACACACCUGUAGAACGACACAUGGAGGUUUCCCCUAAUUGCAAGUUUCUCAGCUGCACCCACCACAGCGGUUAUAACCCAAGUCCUCUAACUAAUGGCGCCAUCUACAACGAAGAAGCAGAAGACAUGGAAUAUCGUUUGAGAACAGGGUCAAUUGUCGAUGAGACCCCUUAUCCUCGGUUUCCUCACAUGAGAAGUGAGGAGGCCCGCCUUCAGACCUUCUCCUCGUGGCCUCCGACGGCCCCCGUGAGACCGCAGGACCUGGUCCAAGCGGGUCUCUUCUACAUGGGAGAGGGCGACCAGGUCCAGUGUUUCUGCUGUGGCGGCAUGCUGAACAACUGGGAGCCGGGGGACGAUGCUUGGGGAGAGCACGCCAAGUACUGCGUAACGUGCUUCUUCAUCUUGGGACACGACGUGGGCAACGUGCCGCUUCCAGGAGGAGCUGACGAGGAGCUGAACCGCAGCGGGGAGCACUCAAGUGCUCAUGUUCACAUGGGGAGUUUUGAGGAGAGGCUAGCUAGCUUUGCAUGUGGUCAGCACCCCAUUGACCAUGAGAGCCUUGCCAGAGCUGGCUUCUACAGCAUAGGUUCCGGGGACAAGGUGUCCUGUUUCUCCUGUGGUGGAGGGUUGAAAGGCUGGCAGCCUGAGGAGGACCCUUGGGAAGAACAUGCAAAACACUAUCCGGGAUGCCGCUUCCUGCUGGCAGAAAAGGGGCCAGCAUUUGUCAACAGCAUCCAGUUGCAGGGACGGCCCCAAAACGCUGCUGCUCCCAGUCAUCAGAAUGGAUUUUCAAGCCAUGAGAAUGAGGUGCUGCGGUUAGAUGUGGCUCAGAAAGCUUUAGAGAUGGGUAUUGAGUCCAGCGUGGUGGAGAAGACCAUCUUGAAGAAAAUAAGCAGCACAGGCUCUGGAUACUCCACAGUGGAGGCGCUGGUCGAGGAUUGCCUUAACGGAACAGCCGAGGACAAUUCUGAGCAGACACAGGAGCAAGACGAGGACCCACUCGAGAAACUACGGAAGCUGCAGAGGGAAAAGCAGUGCAAAAUAUGUAUGGACAGAGAUAUUUGUAUUGUGUUCAUCCCGUGUGGUCACCUGGUCAGCUGCAAGCAGUGCUCCGAGGCACUCCUCAAGUGUCCCAUCUGCUGUGGAGCUAUAACACAGAAGAUCAAGACCUAUAUCGCUUAAGGGAACCGCAGACUCUCCCCCCUGAUAAUGCUACUUUCUUUGUUGUAAUUUAACAUUACGUGUAAUUUAGAUGCCCUGUUAUAUAUUACCAGACUGUGGUGUAUAUAUUCAUAGUAGAGUAAAAUAUUUGUUGAAAUAAGCUUGAUUUUACAUUGAAUGCGUUAUUGAAAAUCUGUCAAUUAUGACUUUGAUUUUAGUGGAUUUGUCGUACCUAAUGAUUUUCCAGCUCUGUCUUGCUAACUGACACUUGUAAAUAAAUUUUAAAGACAACUACUAUUAUGCAAAACACUUCUGUUUUUUGUUUUUUUUGCCAGCAGUGCCUUUUAAAGUUUUAUGUACCCCAGCAACACCUACCUUUGAUCGACAGGAGGGUUUCAUGAAUGAGUACUGGUUUUUAUUUUAUUUUUUUAAUUUAAUCCAUAAACACUUUUAUUUUAAAUUCUAUCAACUCCAAUGUGAGGUGUCACAUAAUGUUACUAUUUUCCCCUUCAAUAUUUUGUGUGAUUAAAAUCAAUAAAUCUUUAGAAAU